AUGCUGUCUGCUGUACAGAUCCUGGGCCCUGUCUUGAUUGUACUCUUCUCCCUAUGGGAGCAACUUCUGCAUGGCAAGAACCUCUCCCGGGAGGAGUUCAUGAGACUGCACCAUCUGAGGCCAACCCUGGAUUUCAACCAAUACAAAUGUGACGUCCUCAUGAGGGAAAUAGGAGGCCUGAAAGAUAAGGACUCUCAUAUGUUCAUCUAUACCCCAUGGCACCAAAUUUAUAAGAUUUGUUACAAAACCUGGGCAAAGAGGCACAGAAAUACAUACGUAUGGGCCCAGCAACCCUUCAAAGUACUCAAGUGUAAACGGAAGACUUUAAAAUACAGCUAUAGAGAAAAAAGGAGCUACAGUCUCAUUGAAUUCCACUGUAGCAGGAAUGGGUAUGUUGAUGACAUAGAAGAUAUGCGGGUGAUAGCGUUUAUCAAUACCUAG